UCCUCUUAGCAAUUUCUAAAUUUAUAUAGCAAAGAAUGAUGGCCAACACUCACAACCCUCAAUGUCCAUAUGCCAUCAUUCUUCAUACCAGCCCGAAAUUCCCGGCAUCGGACAGCAUGUUUCGCACUCUACCGCGCACUCCUGCGUCAAGCCCCACGUAUCCAACUCCCCGAUGACAUAGUCGCCGCCCGUCGGGGUCCCGUCGACCCCAUCACCCACCUAAUCCGGCGCGCCUUCCGACGUAACCGCGCCGACACCAGUCCGCGGAUCGUCUAUCCAGCUCUCAAGGCGGGGUACCAAAUCCUAGCUUUGUUACGAUCCGCCGCUUCUUCCCCCGCCGAGACCUCCACGUCCAUCAAACCUACCAAGGCUUCGGAGUCGACUCAAACUACGAAGACCCGCAAGUCCUCAAAGACUGCCACCGCCCCUAAUGCCGACUACAACGCCAUAAUAUCCCUCCUCCGCGCACGCCUAGCCGAACGCACCCGCUCUCUCAUCGCAAAUCCCACCCCGCCCUCCAAACCCUCCAGCGCACGCCAUCCCAACGCCAUCCCACUCCUCAUAAACGUAGCCCCCUCCCCAACCCCCACGAACCCAAACCCACCACCCAAAUACAUAUCACCCACACGUCCGCGUCCACUCCCCCAACUCGGCGGCUCCGGACGACGGCAAAUCCCACGCUUAGAAAUGGCAUCCGACUUCCCGUUCCUGCGUCUCAAAAAACCACAACCGACGGUGCUAAGCCACGUUCUCCACCAAAAGAUAAAAAAGCGGCAAAUACGCACAGAGACGCUAAUCAGGUUCCGCGAAGACUCGAUUCCAGAUGCCGAGCUCGAGGACGAAUGGGAGAAUAUCCUAGCCGACACGAUGGAGAAGUGGGAUGGUGGAAAUAGUAAUACCCGGCGCGCCGGACGUGCGGGGAGGAGUAUGGCGCAGGAGAUACGCAAGGACUUAAAAACGAGGAAUACGUUCCGCGAGACGAUAUCGACGCAUGGGCUCAGGUAUAUGGAGGAUAUGUUGACGCGGGAGCGGUUAGAUCUUAUUGCGCGGGCGGAUGCUAUGCGUGGGAUUAUUGAAGAAGAGACACGGAUGGCGGCAUGGGAGAAAGAGCAGCGUAGGACUGAGAAGCGGAAACGCUGGGAGGCUAAGAUGUUGGAAUUACAUGGAGAAGGGUGGCAGAAGCAAUUCCCUAAUUUAGAAGAGAAUAAAGCUCGCAUCUAGUCACAUGGGGAGGUAGCUGAUCUUGUAAGAUGUGAUGUAGGU